AUGUCUGACGCUGAACUUAGUGAAUGCUCAUAUCUUACCGAAAUGGAAGAUCCAACAAUAACAGCAAAAGAUAAUCAAAUAAGAGAUUUGACAUUUGAGAAACAACGCCUUGAAGAUUUGGUAAAGAAUCUCCAAAGUUCAUUAGAAAAUGUUAAAACACAGCUCAAAGAUACAAUUUCAGCUGUUAAUUCAUCACAAUCAGUUGCAAAUGAAAUACAAAAACUCAAGAAAGAAAAUGGCGAUCUUUCAGCUAGAAAAGAACAAUUAGAAAAACAAGUCGAAAUCCUUACAAAUACAUCUAAUGAUGACUCUAAGAAGUAUUCUCAAGAAAUUACUUCCCUCACAAACCAAAGAGAUGAAGCAAUUGCUAAUCUUGAGAAAUCCGAAGAGCGCAUUGCAAAACUACGCAAAGAUCGCCAAGAACUUCGCUCUCAAGUCGAGGAAAAGGAUGAGUUACUUCAAGCAAUCACAGAAGAUUAUCAAAAAUGCAAGAAUCAGAAGAAGAAAUUGACACAAAAACUUGCAGCAGCUACAGAACAGAUUUCUCAACUUGAACAGCACAAAGAAACUAUUGAAUUUGAAAACCAGAAGCUUUCAAAUGAUAGAACUACAAUUAAUUCAGAAAUCGAGUCACUUCGUCUCAAGAUCGAAACAGCUAAAUCAUUUAACAAUGAUAUUGAAGGUUCCUUGAAGCCUCUUCAGGAUGAACUCCAACAGAAAGAAGACUUGAUCACUGCACUUGAAGAACAGAUCGAUUCUCAGCGUGAGGAACUCCAAGAAUUUUCUGAGGAACGCCAAAAGAUACUUGAAAUUCUUCAAAUUAUGCAGAAAUCACUUCUUGAAGCCGAAUCUUCAUUCGAACAACUUCAAGCUGAAAAUGCUCAGUUAAAGUCUCGCAUUAGACUUGGAGCAAAGCCCGCUGCUAAGCCAUUUGCAACACAGCAAGAGUUUGAACAUCUAACAUUACCAUAUGUUGGCGAUCUCAAGGCUCGUGCUCAAAAUAUCUUGCAGCUUCCACAGUACACACCAUUCCAACGUAUCCAAUUGAUUUUCAAUGAAUCUGCAAAGGCUAUUCAAAGCUUGAACGAGCAAGUUGUCAUUGCAAAUAAGAAGGCAGAAGCGUCUCAAAAAGCAUUUGACAAUUUCACAGCUGAUCAAAUUAUUUAUAGUGAAAUUUGCGAUGCUUUAAUUGAGGAUCUCAAGAAACUCGCUAUCAACCAGGAAUUGAUCAAUAAUUGCCCACUUUCAGAAGGAAAUAAUCAAUUCCUCGAUUUCUUAAACGAUAAGAUCGAAGAGAUGACACAAACAAUUCAGCGUGAAGCAAUCAAAGAUCCAAAGUAUGUUUCAUCAGAUUUCUUCUUUGCUAAUGAUGUUAAACAACGUGAAGCAGCCAUCAAGAAGCUACUUCAUCCAGAGGAUUCAACGUUAACUCUCUUCUCCGGACAGUUCCUUACAAAUGUUUUCCUCCAGAAUCAACUCGCUGCAGUUACAGCUCCACUUCAAUUGAUCGAGAAUAUGACAAAGAGUGGCGCUUUGAAGGGAACACAACUUUCAGAUGUUCCUCAUCUCAUUGAAACACUUAAUGUUAGAGUCAAUCACACAACAAAGAUGAACAAGAAAUUGACAAACCAAUUGAAGAAAUCACAAACACACGAGAUGAAACUCGCACAAUCUGAGAACGAGAAGAAGACAAAGAUUUCAGAACUUACUCUUCAAAUCGAUAAUCUCCAAAAUGAAAUUGGAAUUCUUAAUGUUAAACUUCAAGUUGCUAACAAUGAAUUGCUCAUUAAGAAGAAUGAAUGUGGUUCCUUAGAUCAAUUUGCCAAAGAAAUUCGUGCUGGAGUUGAGGAAAAGGCAAAUGAUCAGAAGGAAAGAACUGCUAAACUUGAAGCAGCUCUUGCUCAAAAGACAAAAGAAUGCAAUGAACUUACAUUAUUACUCCAAGACUUGAAGAAGUCUGUUGAUGAAAAUACAAACACAACAAUUAAGAGAUUAAUGAAGAACGAAGAAAAUUAUCUUAACCAGAUCGAAGCUCUUAACAACCAAGUUGAGGAAUACGAGGAAGAACUCCAACGCCGUAAGAAGAAUGCUAAGAAUUCAAUGAAAACUCUCAAAGAACAAUAUGACCAAUCUCUCAAAGAGAUGUCUCAGCACUACGAGGAAGGAAAGAAGAAUCUUGAAGAUACAAUUGCUUCACUUCGUGAAAAAGCUGAUAAUGCACGCGAAAUGUCAAAGAAACUUGUUGAAAAUAUGUCUGAAGUUGAAAAGAGGAAUGUACAACUCACAAAAGAAAAUACAGAACUCGGACAAUCUCUUAAAGCACUCAAAACCGAACAAAAUAACUUCAAGAACGCAAUUAACAAAGAGAAGCAGCAGAACAAAGCUCAGUUAGCUGCCCAAUUGAUGGCUGUCGAAUCAAAGGCUCAACAACAGAUUACAGAAGAGAGACGCCAAGCUCAGAAGAAGGUUCAAGAAUUAUUAUCUGUUGCUUAUGAUAGUAUUGGAGUUUUCUAUGGUGCUGAUGAAUCAGAGUAUGAUAUUGAAGCCUACCAGCAAUCUAUAAAGAGUGCACGUGAAGAUCUUGAUAAAUUAAGAUAUUUCCAGAGCGAAUCAACAAAACCAGUUCAAAAGCAGUAA